AUGUUAUUCAAAGUAAGAUUUGUACAUGGAGAUCCUCGAAGACUUGUCUAUCCAACUGAUACACGUGGAAAUAUCUGUGGUUAUGGAGAAUACUCGGACCGACCAAAACUUAUAUUCUUUGAUUUGCUUGCAUGUUCGAAAAUGGGACAUGAUGUUGCCAAAUUUGGAUGCCCCACUCCUCAGGAAAGCAUCACUGACUUGGUCAAGACAGGAAAAUGUGCCGCCUAUUACAUGAAGUCUAUUUCUGUUGCUCAUCGAUGUAUUCCUGCUGUUUUCAACUCUCGCAAUUUCCAUGACCACCUACUGAGUGGAAACUCAACUGUUGCCCUGGAAAACGCUGAUGGCAUAAAAAUCACACCUCACUCUCUUGAUGAAGCUACCAGAUGCUUUUUAAUUGCCGUUGGCAUAUCCCUUUUCUGGGUCAUUCUCCUCCGUUGGUUGGCGGCUGUCCUCAUUUGGGUCACAUUAAUCACUUUCCUUGGCCUCCUUGGCUUUAGCAUUGUUUCUGCUAUUCUUCUUGGCAUCUCCAUUCUGCUGCUGAUCAUUGUUGCCAAAAGGUUGUGUGUAGCCAUCGAACUCAUCAAGGAAGCUAGCAGUUAUCUUGCUUCUAUGGGAACACCCCAAGCGUACAGCACAGUUGUCAGUGUUACUAAAGAUGGUACAAACAUCCUCAGCAGAAUCCCCUGCAAUGAAAGUACUAGUGAAUCAAUGGAAAAAUUCUGUGAUUUUGUACGUUAUGGAGGAGACAACUACCAUCUUGGAUCUUUGGCCUUUGGUUCCCUGAUCAUUGCUGUUGUCCAACUCGUACGUGUCAUCCUUGAUUACAUUGACUACAAACUGAGGGACUCCAACAACAAAGUUGCCAAAUUUAUGUUGAAGACAGUGAUAGUGGAUAAAGUGACGGAUCUAAUCAUGUUCCUCAGUAAAUUGAUGGUGACUGCUGCAGUAGGAAUUACCGCUUUUUACUGGGCACAGGGGAAGAUUCCCUUUAUUCCUGGAACUGAGAUUCCGCGAUUCAACUAUUAUUUGGCACCUGUAGCUAUAAUUAUCAUUGGGUCUUACUUCAUUGCAAGUUGCUUCUUCAGUGUCUAUGAAAUGGCCGUAGACACCAUCUUCCUGUGCUUCGUAAUUUUUUUCAUUUUCUUUUUUCAUUCUCCUUUGUUUCUAUUCUCUUUUUUUUUCGUUCCUUUUUACUGGUUCUCUUUUUUGUUUCCUUCCUUUCAUUCUCGUUUUCAUUCUUUGUUUUUUGUUUGUUUUUUUGUUCUCUUUCUUUCAUUUUCUUUUUUCAUUCUCUUUUCUGUUCACAUUUUUGUUCUCUUUUUCAUUUUGUUUUAUUCAUUUUCUUUUUCAUUCUCUUAUUUUAGUUUUCAUUCUAUCAUAUUCUUUUUUCUCCUUUUUCUAUUUUCUUUUUUUCAUUCUCCUUCUUUCGUUCUCUUUUGUUUUCUUUUUCAUUCCCUUUUGUUUUCUUUUUUCGUUCCCUUUUGUUUUCUUUUUUCAUUCUCUUUCUUUUGUUCUCUUUCUUUCAUUUUCUUUUUUCAUUCUCUUUUGUUUUGUUUUUCAUUUAUUUGUUCUCUUUCUUUCGUUCUCUUUCUUUCGUUCUCUUUCAUGUUCUUUUUCCUUUCUCUUUUUUGUUCUCCUCUUGUUUUCUUUUUUGUUCUCUUUCAUUUUCUUUUUCAUUCUCUUUCUUUCAUUUUCUUUUUCCUUUUUCUUUUUUGUUCUCUUUCAUUUUCUUUUUUGUUCUCUUUCGUUUUCUUUUUUUUAGUCCUCUUUCUUUCGUUUUCUUUCUUUUUGUUUUCUUUUUCAUUUGUUCUUUUAUUGUUUUCAUUCUUUCUUUCAUUUUCUUUCUUUUCUGUUCUCUUUUUCAUUUUAGUUUAUUUGUUCUCUUUUUUGUUCUCUUAUUUUUGUUUACAUUUUAUCAUUUUCUUUUUUUUCCCAUCUUUUUCGUUUUCUUUUUUUGCUUCUCUUUCUUUCAUUUUCUUCUUUUGUCCUCUUUUUUUCAUUCUCCUUUGGUUUUCUUUUUCUUCUUCUUUUCUCUGUAUGAGGUGCAUGAUAUGA